CUCGUCUUCUGAACGCUUAAGCGGCAGCAGUUAAAUUAAAACGCCAAACGCACUUUGGAAUCAGACUGCAAUUUACUUCUCAACUGUUUAGUAACUUAAAAUUAAAUACAACUUAUCACCAUGUCACUUGAUGAGCAAUUCAACGCCGCCGCUGAAAAGGCCAAGACCUUCACCAAACGUCCCACAGACGAUGAACUCUUAGAGCUCUACGCACUCUUCAAACAGGCAACUGUUGGUGACAACAACACCAGCAAGCCCGGCAUACUCGAUCUGAAGGGCAAGGCCAAGUGGGAGUCCUGGAACAAGCAGAAGGGCAAAUCACAAGAUGCCGCCAAGCAAGAAUACGUCGCUUUUGUCGAAAAGUUGGCCGCUUCCUAUCUUUAAGUCUUGUCUUUAACAAUUUCAAUAAAUUAUUUUGUAUGUUAUUUUGAUGUUAUAUUAAAUACUGUUGUUCUUAUGUUAAACUUCCCAACAUAAUCAUGCACCUAUUUAAAACUGUUAUAA